AUGGCAGGCUCCACGCCCUGGUUUUCGCUGCUGCUGCUGCAGCUGGCGGCGUCCGCGGGGCCGGCGACGGCACAAUGGCCUUGGCCCCAGUACAUCCAGACCACCGAGCAGCGGUACGCCGUCUUCCCGAAGGACUUCAGCUUCCAGUACCACGCCGGCUCCGCCACGCAGCCGGGCUGCUCGGUCCUCGACCAGGCCUUCCAGCGCUACCGUCGCCUGCUCUUCAGCACCACGGCGGCCACCUUCCGGAACCGCACAGGAAACCAGAAGAUGGCAGCGAAGAACUCAUUGACUUUGUUUGUGACCAAGCCUGGGUGUGACCAGUACCCUACUUUGGAAUCGGUGGAGAAUUACACCCUGACCAUCAAUGAAGAGCAGUGUUUCCUCCUCUCUGAGACUGUCUGGGGAGCUCUCCGAGGGUUGGAGACUUUUAGCCAGCUCAUUUGGAGGUCUGCUGAUGGCACGCUCUUCAUCAACAAGACAGACAUUGUGGACUUUCCCCGCUUCCCUCACCGGGGCGUGCUGUUGGACACGUCUCGCCAUUACCUGCCCCUGUCUACCAUCCUGGAUACUCUGGAAGUCAUGGCGUACAACAAAUUCAAUGUGUUCCACUGGCACGUGGUAGACGACUCCUCCUUUCCCUAUGAGAGCAUCACUUUCCCUGAGCUCUCCAGAAAGGGUGCCUACAACCCUGCCACCCAUAUCUACACAGUGCAGGACGUGAAAGAGGUGAUUGAGUACGCUCGGCUCCGGGGCAUCCGUGUGGUGCCAGAGUUUGACACUCCCGGCCACACUCUGUCCUGGGGAGCAGGUGCCCCUGGAUUGUUGACACCCUGCUACUCCGGCCGCAAACCAUCUGGUGUCUUUGGCCCUGUGAACCCCAUUCUCAACAGUACCUAUGAGUUCAUGAGUGCAUUCUUCUUGGAGAUCAGCAGUGUCUUCCAGGACUUUUACAUUCACCUGGGAGGCGAUGAGGUUGAUUUCUCCUGCUGGAAGUCCAAUCCGGAUGUCCAGGCCUUCAUGGUGAAGAAAGGCUUUGAAAGCUACCAGCAGCUGGAGUCCUACUACAUCCGGAUGCUGCUGAAUAUCGUCUCUGCCUAUAGCAGGGGCUACAUGGUGUGGCAAGAGGUGUUUGAUAAUAAAGUGAAGGUCCAGUCCGACACCAUCAUACACGUCUGGCGAGAAAAGUCACCAGUAAAUUAUUCGCAGGAGAUGGAACAGGUCACCCGAGCUGGCUUCCGCGCCCUGCUCUCUGCCCCCUGGUACCUGAAUCACAUAGAAUACGGCCCUGACUGGAAGGAGGCCUACCUGGUGGAGCCCCUGGCAUUUGACGGAAGCUCUAAGCAGAAGGCCCUGGUGAUGGGCGGAGAGGCCUGCAUGUGGGGCGAGUACGUGGACAGCACCAACCUGGCCCCCAGGCUCUGGCCCAGAGCAGGGGCCGUUGCUGAGAGGCUGUGGAGCGACAGUGGCGUGAUAGACUUGGAAUUUGCCUUUAAGCGUUUGACAAACUUCCGCUGUGAGCUGGUGAGGCGGGGGGUCGCGGCCCAGCCCCUCGAUGUAGGCUACUGUGAACAGGAGUUUGAACAGACUUGAGCAAGCAACCCAGGCACCAAGGAGGGUGCCGGCCUGAGGAAAAUGGCCGUAGGGCCAGGCUGGCCAGGCUUUCACGACAUCCGGCUGGGGAACGGAGCCCCAUGCCCGCGUGCCCCUGGGCUUGGAGAGGAGGGGGCUGAUGCUGGUGCUGGCACCCAAUAAAGCAUGAAGUGGCAUUCUUCUAUCAUGA